AUGUCGUCGUUAAAACCACCAACAGCAGCCCCGGGCUCAACCCCAAGAACAAUCUCCCCCUUCCUCUCCCCGGGCCCCCACACCACCCCCAACUCCCUCGCCAUCCUCCAACUCUCCCGGGAUAACCUCCUCCCCGUAUACCUACAACCGGCCGCCGGCGCACACGAUGGCUACGCAGAGGGCGCCGUCGUCAAUACUCGGUACGGAUCCUUCCCGCAUUCCACUAUGUUGGGUGUACCGUGGGGAUCGCAGAUUAGGGCUAGUAAGGUGGAUACGGGGUCGAGGGGGAGGAAGAGGAAGAGGGAGGGUGAGCCCGAGGGGGAUGGGGACCGCGAGGGGGGGGAUGCUGAGGGGGGAAAUACUGAGGGGGGGAAGGGGGGGAAGGAAGGUGAGGAUGGGACUGGGACUGGUGGUGGUGGAGACACAGCAGUGGUGAAGAAAGUAGUGGCCGACACGAGCGGGUUCAUCCACGUCCUCCCGCCAACUCCCGAGCUGUGGACCAGCAGUCUGCCACAUCGCACCCAAGUGGUCUACACCCCCGACUACAGCUACAUCCUCCACCGUAUACGCGCACGGCCCGGGUCGACACUCAUCGAAGCGGGCGCUGGCAGCGGGAGCUUCACGCAUGCGUCGGUGCGGGCGGUGUAUAAUGGGUAUCCGGUGGUGGAUGAAGAGGGGGCUAGGGCUAGUGGGCCACGGAAGGGGAAGGUGUUCAGUUUUGAGUUUCAUGAGGAACGGUACCACAAGAUGAAGAAGGAGCUUAGGGACCAUGGGAUGGAGCGGUUGGUGCAUUUGACACAUCGUGAUGUGUAUGGAGGUGGGUUCUUGGUGGAUGGUGGGAAGAGCCCGGAGGCGGAUGCUGUGUUUCUGGAUUUGCCUGCGCCCUGGGAAGCGCUUCAUCACCUCUCCCGACGGAAGCCCGCACCCACCACCAAACCGACCUACACCACCGACACCUCUCCAUCCGGGAAAGCCGACCCCGAAUGGGUAUCCCCGUUAAACCCCCGCAAAAGCGUGCACCUCUGCACCUUCUCCCCCUGCAUCGAGCAAGUCACCCGCACGGUAUCAGCGAUGCGUCGGCUCGGGUGGGUAGACAUCGAGAUGGUGGAGGUUGCGAACCGUAAGUACCACACCUCGCGCGAGCGGGUCGGGCUGAACCUCAACUUUGAGCGGGGCGUCAACAACUCGGCGCAUGAUGUCGAGGAGGCGAUUACCCGGCUGGCGGAGAUUGAGGCGAGGUUUCGGGAGCAUGCGGCUAAGCCUAGGGGGGAGGAUGGGGAUGAGGAUAUGGAUUCUGGGGAUGAGGAGGUGCCUGUUGUGGGGAACACCAAGACCAACGGGGCUAGGAAUCCCCUCGAGGAGAAGACGACGACGACGACAGCCAGCACAGCACCCUGGCUCGAAGGCCGACUCAUCACGCGCGGCGAGCCAGAGAUCAAGACGCACACGUCGUAUCUCGUGUUUGCCGUGCUGCCCAUGGAGUGGACCGAGGCGGACGAGGCGGCGGCCGCGGCGCAGUACCCGCUGGGCAAGGAACAAAAGGUCAUUGGGGCGGUGGAUAAGAAGGCGCGGAAGCAGGAGAGGCGCGAGCAGUUGCAGAAGACGCAGGGGUCGGGGAGCCGGAAGGCGAGACGGAAGGAGAGGGAUGAGAAGAUGGGGGAGAUUGGGGUGUAG